AUGCCACAAAAAUCGAGAUGGUCGGUGGAUAUUCCUAUAACGUCUCUUCCUUCGCUCCUCCUGGGUGAUGACCCCGAGACCUUGCCAGAAACUCCAGCAUAUAUCGAUACUGAAAACCCCGAAGCACUGCGCCUGUCCUGGCGAGAAUUUGGAUAUUGGUGCAGAAGGUUGGCGGCUGGCCUGGUUGAUGCUGGACUUGGUCUCAAUGGCCGUGUGCUGGUAUAUUCUGGCAACAAUAUCUUCUUCCCCGUGGUCACUUUAGGAGUCAUCAUGGCUGGUGGGAUCAUAUCUACUGCCAAUCCCGCCUUUGUCGCAAGGGAAUUGGCAUAUCAGCUCAAAGAUUCUGGGGCACGAUUUCUUUUAAUCGCCGAGGCGAGCAAGGAAACGGCAUUGCAAGCCGCGAGACUCGCACACUUCAGUCAGAAGGAUAUCUUCAUCUUUGACGAUGCGGUACUGGGGGGUUUCCCUCGACCUUCAGGAGCAGUCCGUAACUGGAGUCAUUUGAUUGCUCCUUUACACAGAGGCAAGAGCUUUCGCUGUAAAGAGAUAAAAUCAAAAGAAGAAGCUCGCCAAACUGUGGCAUUGCUAUACUCCUCUGGUACGACCGGCAUACCCAAGGGUGUUGAAAUCACGCACUAUAGCCUGGUAGCCAACUGCGUCCAACUCGGACAUCUUCACAGUCUCAGUCCGAACAAAUUCAAAAGCGACCGCCUCCUUGCCUUUCUCCCUAUGUACCACGGUCUGGGUCUACUGUCCUUCACGACUAUGUCACCAUAUCGCCGGAUACCAACGUAUAUCAUGAAACGCUAUUCUCUACUACCAACCUUAGAGAACAUUGGGAAGUUUCGCAUAACUGAGCUAAUGCUUGUUCCGCCAAUCCUCGUUGCAAUGGCAAAAUGCGUUGACGCCAAGCAGGGCAAGUAUGACCUCUCUAGCAUCCGAAAAGUAAGUGUUGGCGCAGCCCCUUUGUCUCGAGAAAUGUGCGAAGAGUUGGAAAAAUUGUGGCCGGAAGGUCAAGUCAAUGUCAAGCAAGGAUGGGGAAUGACAGAGCUACCACUCUCGGUGCUCAACUGGGAUGAGCGAGAGAUAUCGAAGACUCAGGCUGUUGGUGAGCCCGUAGCCAAUUGCGAGGUCAAGAUCAUGGACGAUGAAGGCAUCAACGAACUUCCUGUAGGACAUCCCGGUGAACUCUGGUGCAAAACUCCAACUAUGAUGAAGGGAUACUGGGGAAGGCCGAAAGAAACGCAGGAAGUCAUUACUGCUGAUGGGUGGUUUAAGACGGGCGACAUCGCAUUUGCAGAUGGCGAUGGGAAAUAUGUCAUCGUUGACAGGAAGAAAGAAUUGAUCAAAGUCAAGGGCAAUCAGGUUGCCCCUGCUGAAUUGGAGGCAUUACUCCUCGAACAUUCUGACGUUCUCGAUGCUGCUGUUGUUGGGAUCAAGCGAGAUGAAGAUGAGGAACCAAUGGCAUAUGUUGUGAAAAAGCCCGGGAGUGAGGUUUCCGCAGAAGAUAUCCUGGAGUAUAUGAGUAAGAAGACCUCCAAAAUCAAGCGAAUCACUGGAGGCAUCGUGUUCUGCAAUUCGAUACCGAAGAAUCCGGUUAGUCCUACGCAUCCCUAUGAAGUAACUUGA